AAAGUGCAUUGAUGGUCAGCUGUCACCGCGACAGUCCAGUCACAGAAAGUAAAAAAAAAAUCAAAAAGAGUGUGUCGCCAGCUCGAGUGCAAAUUUAAUUUUCUGAAAAACUUAAAAAAACAUCAUUAUUUUCGCAACAAAUUGUAGCAUAUUUUGGUGAAGAAUUUUGCUGGCAAAACAUUCGUCGCCAGUCAAAGGGCAAACGUCACUACCUCACACGUCAGCCGGAAUCUUUCAAGCUUUCGUGUGAACGGCGCUGGUGUUGUGUUAUUGGGAGUGUGUUGAUUCAGUCCGUUUUCAUCGUCUCUGGAGCUUGAAAAAUUGCUUCAAAAUGGUCCUGAUAGCGGCCGCCGUCUGCACCAAAGCAGGGAAAACGAUUGUCUCCCGGCAGUUUGUCGAAAUGACCAAGGCCCGCAUAGAAGGUUUGUUGGCUGCCUUUCCGAAGCUGAUGACCUCCGGUAAACAGCAUACGUUCGUGGAAACGGACUCGGUUCGGUAUGUUUAUCAGCCGCUAGAGAAACUUUACAUGCUGUUGAUCACCACCAAGGCCAGUAACAUCCUGGAGGAUCUGGAAACGUUGCGUUUGUUCUCCAAAGUGAUUCCAGAGUACUGCCGGUCCCUGGAGGAGAAGGAAAUCAUCGAAAACGCGUUCGAUCUCAUCUUCGCAUUCGACGAAAUUGUUGCCUUGGGCUACAGAGAAAGCGUUAAUCUGGCGCAGAUUAAGACCUUUGUUGAAAUGGAUUCGCACGAGGAAAAGGUUUACCAGGCGGUCCGCCAAACGCAGGAACGAGAAGCCAAGCAGAAGAGUCGCGAGAGGGCAAAGGAACUGCAACGACAGCGGAUGGAGCAGAAGAAAAUGGGCGGUAGUGGGCGGCCUUACGGCGGUGGUAGUUCCGAAGGAUUCGGCAACAGCUCCAGUGGCGGAGGGGGCAUUUCCAACCAUUCGUCGAUUUCGGCACCGUCGAUCGGGAUCGGCGAGAUCAAACCGGCCGCGCCGGCAGCUAAACCGGCCGCAGCGAGAAAUGCUCUCAAGCUGGGAGGAAAGAAUCGCGAUGCUGACACAUUUGUGGAUCAGCUCAAAAGUGAAGGUGAAAAAGUUGUUUCCAAUCCAACACCUGCCGCUGUUUCUUCGGUCGCCAAGGUCAAGCCAGUUUCGGACGUUCCAAUGGAUGAGGUGCACCUUCGCAUGGAAGAUAAGAUUGUGGUUCGCAUAGGACGGGACGGUGGUCUCCAAGCGUUCGAACUGUCCGGAUUGCUAACGUUGCGCAUUUCCGACGAAAAGUACGGCCGAAUCAAGGUGCAAUUGCAAAACCAGGAUCAGCGAGGUAUUCAGCUACAAACGCAUCCCAACGUGGACAAGGAACUAUUCAAGAGCAAAGGUCAGAUUGGACUCAAAAAUCCGGCCAAGCCAUUCCCGAUGAACACGGAUGUGGGUGUGUUGAAGUGGCGCUAUCAGACACAGGAUGAAUCGGCCAUUCCUCUCACUAUUAACUGUUGGCCCUCUGAGAACGCCGAAGGCGGUUGCGAUGUCAAUAUCGAAUACGAGCUGGAACAUACUCGGCUAGAGCUUCAAGAUGUUUGCAUUAGCAUUCCAUUGCCAAUGGGAAUUAGCCCAUCUAUUGCCGAAUGCGAUGGCGAUUACAAUCACGAUUCUCGUAAGAAUGUCCUGCAGUGGAAUCUACCCGUCAUCGAUGCAUCCAGCAAGCAAGGCUCGAUGGAGUUCAGCGUGCCCAAUUCGAUCCCCGGCGAUUUCUUCCCACUAGACGUCACGUUUUCGUCGAAAAUCCCCUAUGCCGAUCUGCGAGCGAUGAAGGUCCAACUGGUCGACGACGAGUCGGACGUUAAGUAUUCAACAGAAACUCUAUUCUAUCCAGAUAAGUACGAAAUCGUGUAACUUGCCUCCGGGUUUUCAUGGUCUUCUGUUGCGUUCCGGGAGUUAUUCUUUAAACAUUCGUGGUAGGUAGGCGUUCCUUGCGGCAUUAACAACUGACGUAUAUAUUUUGCGUUGAUGCUUUGAGUCCCAUGGCCCCCACUCUUUUUAUAAUUGCUAUGUUUGAACCGUACAUUUGUUUAUAGAGUUUAUUUGAAUACACUAGCUCGAUGGCCGUUUGAUUGAUGGUCAUCUAAAAUGGAAGUAGAUCAUGCAUGUAGCGCACUUUACAAGUUAUGUGUAUAAGGAGGUAUGCUGAUACAUGCUAUAAAACAAUUUAAUUAAGGAGAAAAUCAAAUUCUAUAGUAUCCAAUUAUUUUAUCUACUUCGAUUUAAAACAAAUUACUGGAAAUACAUUAUGAUACAUAUA